AUGCGCGGGUUCAUCAUCUUGCUGGCUAUCCAGGUCACUGUUACUAUACUUGCCCAUGGUACUGGUGCUGUCGACAUCGAAACGCUCGCAACCACUCGAUCUGGGAUUGUCCAAGAUCCUGCUGUUGCUGGCCAUGUCACCAACAACGUCCAGCGGCUACUGAGAAAGCAUGAGGAUGUCAAUGAUGGCACCGAACAUGAUAAAAAGUCAACUAACGAAGAGAGAGAUGUUUCAACAGCUGUUAAAGCAUUUGCUGAGAAGCUAAAAAGUAUCUGGACCGUCGGGAAGGUUGCUGACGCAAUGGACGGUAUACCCACGCUCCAACGAUUGGGGCAAGCAGACCACAUCGACGAAUUAAUUAAAGCAAUGCUCGCUGGAAAAAACGCUGAUGAUGUUUCCAAAGACAUGAUGGCACGGACGAUGACGAUUUUCCAAAUGAUGGAUGAGCGGAGAUUCACUCCCAGCAAAGUGAAAAUGUACAUCGCGGAAAAGAAGGUGGUCUUGACGCCGGAAGAUGCCCAUUACUUUACGCCCUUAUUCUCUGCGUAUUGGAAGGCAGCCCACGUCGGGAAAAAGCUGGAAUGA